CCGCUGCUCGCAGGGGUCUGUGUUUUUCGCCACUUGGACAAAGUGGCACUGCUUAAGCCUUUCCUCCGACCAGAUCUGACUUCCUGCAGAGCCAGUGAUCGCAGAGCGGGGAGGCGGAGACGGCGGAGCGGGCCUCUCGGCGUCCACUGAGCGGCUGCACCCUGCCCCAUCCUGCCGGGAUCAUGGUCUGCGGCAGCCCGGGAAGGAUGCUGCUGCUGCUGCGGGCCGGGCUGCUCUCCCUGGCUGCGCUCUGCCUGCUUCGGGUGCCCGGGGCUCGGGCUGCAGCCUGUGAGCCCGUCCGCAUCCCCCUGUGCAAGUCCCUGCCCUGGAACAUGACCAAGAUGCCCAACCACCUGCACCAUAGCACUCAGGCCAACGCCAUCCUGGCCAUCGAGCAGUUCGAAGGUCUGCUGGGCACCCACUGCAGCCCCGACCUGCUCUUCUUCCUCUGUGCCAUGUACGCGCCCAUCUGCACCAUUGACUUCCAGCACGAGCCCAUCAAGCCCUGUAAGUCUGUGUGCGAGCGGGCCCGGCAGGGCUGCGAGCCCAUCCUCAUCAAGUACCGCCACUCGUGGCCGGAGAACCUGGCCUGCGAGGAGCUGCCGGUGUACGACCGGGGCGUGUGCAUCUCUCCCGAGGCCAUCGUCACUGCGGACGGAGCUGAUUUUCCUAUGGAUUCUAGUAAUGGAAACUGUAGAGGGGCAAGCAGUGAACGCUGUAAAUGUAAGCCUAUUAGAGCUACACAGAAGACCUAUUUCCGGAACAAUUACAACUAUGUCAUUCGGGCUAAAGUUAAAGAGAUAAAGGCAAAGUGCCAUGAUGUGACUGCAGUAGUGGAGGUGAAGGAGAUUCUAAAGUCUUCUCUGGUGAACAUUCCACGGGAUACUGUCAACCUCCACACCAGCUCUGGCUGCCUCUGUCCUCCGCUUAAUGUUAAUGAGGAAUACGUCAUCAUGGGCUAUGAAGAUGAGGAACGUUCCAGAUUACUCUUGGUGGAAGGCUCUAUAGCUGAGAAAUGGAAGGAUCGUCUUGGUAAAAAAGUUAAGCGCUGGGAUAUGAAGCUUCGUCAUCUUGAACUCAGUAAAAGUGAUUCCAGCAAUAGUGAUUCCACUCAGAGUCAGAAGUCUGGCAGGAACUCGAACCCCCGGCAAGCACGCAACUAAAUCCCGAAAUAGAAAAAGUAACAUCGGUGGACUUCCUGUUAAGACUUAUCUGCAUUGCUGGACUAGCAAAGGAAAAUUGCACUAUUGCACAUCAUAUUCUAUUGUUUACUACAAAAAUCAUGUGAUAACUGAUCAUUACUUCUGCUUCUCUUUUGUUUUCUGCUUUUCUCUUCCCCCAACCCCUGUAAUGGUUUGGGGGCAGACUCUUAAAUAUAUUGGGAGUUUUCUGUUUCACUAAUCAUAAGAAAAACUGUUCUUUUGCAAUAAUAAUAAAUUAAACAUGUUGAUACCAGAGUUUCUUUGCUGGAGUCCCCAGAUGAUAAUUUACUUUCUGUACCCCAAUUGGGAAUGCAAUGUUGGAUGCAAAGAGAGGUUUCUGGUAUACACAGAAAGCUAGAUAUGCUGUAAAACAUACUCUGCCGAUCUAAUAACAGCCUUAUUUUUGUGUGCCUUUUGGGCAUUCUCCUCAUGCUUAGAAGUUCCAAAUGUUAAUAAAGGUAAAAUGGCAGUUUGAAAUCAAAUGCCACAUAGGCAAAGCAGUCAAGCACCAGGGAGCGUUUAUGAGGAAACACGCAAGAUGAGUUAUUUUUGAGAUUGGCAGGAAGCAAAAUAAAUAGUAUUAGAGCUAAAGAAAGAACAUUUUGCCUGAUUGAGAAGCACAACUGAAACCAAUAGCCACUGGGUGUUAAUGGUAGCAUUCUUCUUUUGGCAAUACAUUCGAUUUGUUCAUGAAUAUAUUAAUCAGCAUUAGGGAAAUGAAUUAUAACUAGACAUCUGCUGUUAUCACCAUAGUUUUGUUUAAUUUGCUUCCUUUUAAAUAAACCCAUUUGUGAAACUC